AUGAUACCUAUCAAGUCUUCAUGUCCCAUCGCCAAACCGACAACAAUUAUGAGUGCAGAACAGUCACAUAGGAAAAAUGCGUCGGUGGAGCUGAUCCAGUUCGAGGGGCAACAACAUGCCCUCUGGGGAUGCGGGCGAAUGAUUGUUUUAUCCCUGCCCGAUGGAUCGCCUAUCUUUCAAUGCUUCUUCAACGGUGACGGCGCCGAUAGCAGCAAGCGCGGCCUGAUCUGCGCCGUCGGACAAGCUCAAGUCGAGCUUUUCGACCGGGAGAGCGUCUACUUUGUGAAUUUGCCGUUUGAAUUGGCGAGGGCGUUCCCCUCAUCACUCGGGCUGCUCCUGGAACGGAAACCCGAUUCUGACGAGAAUUUGGAUGGGUCGGAGCCGAUUUUGUUCUCAUUGUGUGCUCCCUACGGCGAGAUCUCUGCGGUGGUGAUGAGCAAAAAAGGGUUUCCAACCGAGUGUUACCACGCCUUCCCACAGGAGCGAAUGCACGUAGCUGGGACAAGCUCAGAUCAUCUUGUAUCAUUUGAUGAAGACACCGGUCUCCAUUCCUUCUUCACGAUUGUCCCCUUCGACGCCUCAAAUAAAUCCAUGGAAAUCCUGGCAGAACGAAGGAUGCCAAUGGCGCUCCAUUCGAAGCGAUUCUCAUUUACACCAAACCGUCUGAGUCAUUGUUCGCCGGCGAUUGGCUAUAAAACACCGGCCAUGGAAAGGCUGGCUCGAACGGGUGUCGGAUUGCUAAACGUUCUUCAUUCGAACCGACCCACCCCAAAGAUGGCUACGUGCUCUCCCGCCAACAGUUCCUACAAUGUAGCGGACCCACUUCGUGAUCGCAACGUGUCUAUGGGCUCCGAGAAAUGGUCAUCGUGGCUUAGCACCGUCUCCGAUUUUGAUACGACGGCGAUCGAACCUCCAGCCUGGGAUGAAUGCUGUGUCGAAAUCUCAUUGCGGCAAAUUUUCGUCGAAUCCCCAAAGAAUAAGUCGGCCGGGAAGACGAGCAAGGUGUUGCGCUUUUCGGAUGUGGCGAGACGGGAAUUCGUGGGAAUGGUUGUCCCGAGCGCCAAUGCUGACCAUAAGGAAUUUCGAGUAUACGAUUUGAGUGUGGAAAAUGACGCCGAACGCGUCCCCGUUGAAGUGAUCCCAUGUCUGGAUGUUGUUCAAUUAUCUGAGCCGGGCUAUUAUUUGCUCCUCGAUCCCAUGGAUAAUCUACAAUUAUAUUCCGGCACCAAGAAAAUAUGCUUGGUGGCAAUUUGCGAUGAGGCUAUCAAUUCUUUGGAUCCUUUACCGGCUUCUGGCUCGCCACGCGAAGGGAGAACACGAAUUGGAUACGGAAAGAACGGUUUCCUUCUCAUCAAAGAAAUGGAGGGCGGACUUUCGAAUUGUCGAUUCCUCCCUUUACCGCGUUGCUUCUCACACCCAUUGUCUGACAUGAUUUGGAAGACCCUGCUCGCCAUUGUACCAAAAGAAAAGACCUUCCAACUGGCCAGUGAUUGUCGAUACUCCUUUAGCCCGGAUUCCGUUGCGUCCUCGGAGAUUGAGCAGCUCUUCAUCGUCCUUGCUCGCCAUAUGGGCAUUAGUUUCGAGGGGAAUCAUUGGAUUUCUGGGCGUCAAAGCCCGAGCGCCGCGAGUCUUGGUGAGGAAGUUCCGGCAAAAAUACCGAGACCGCCCCAGACAACUGAAGAUAUUGCAGCUUGGGCGCUCGCCUUCAAGGAUGAAGCUGGGCCUUCGAUUUCGAAGCCAUCGUUGACGUUCCAUGCGAAAAACGACUCAUUCCUACACAAUGACAUCUCCACAAUCCUCGCCCGAAUUCAUGUACUCUACGAGACGAAGCGUCUAUUCAACGAUGAAAACGGCAUGGCGACGUUUACGGAAGCGCUAUUUUUAUUGAAUCGAGCACAUGGCCACGCGCGCAGAGCCCAAAUCUACCUGGAAGAUAUGCCCGAGCUUGCCGAGCUGCGCGUCUUGGAUAAGAGUGAAGAUAUUGAAACCCGUAUGGACGUGGAUCAGCAGGUUUUCUAUCUUCCCGAUCUGAUCGCGAGGGUCAUCAACAAGGAGCUGACGACGCUGCCGUCAAGGGUUUCGCUUGAAAUUGCCACCUAUCUGAUGAGCCUUUCCAUCGGUCUUGGUCACAUCCGCAGCCUCAACGAAGCUAAACAAUUCCUCGGCAACACUCGACGACUUUUCUCGACUUUCGUGAAAUCUCAAGACAACCUCAUCGACCUCACUUUCGCCAAUGACCGGCUGCUACCCGGCGAGAAAUGCGCCCUCUUCCUCGACAAAUUCUCGCCCAUCCUCGAAUUCGCAAAGCUGGCCCCGGAUGCGAGAUUCUUACUAGAAUUUGUGAUGAAUGGACAGCACCUGGCCAAGCACACUUUCUACCUGAUUGAAAAUCAACUCAAGGAUCCGUCGAUUGGCCAUUUGAAUGCGGAGGAUUUGUGGAAAUUGGCUCGGCUCAGAUGGCCUCAUGACAUUCGACUUCAUAAUGUCAAGGAAAUGCUCGACAAUUCGCGGGCCACCUUUAUACCAAAGCGGGAAGGGCUGAACGACACGGAAAUCAAGGACCAAAAUGAUCAAUUUAUGGUGACGGUGGCGAUACGCACGAUGACGUUGGCUUUUGGCAAUGCGGGGCUCAAGCUGAGAUCCGUCAACUCCUCCGCCAACCGCUGGUUCGAAAUUCAAGACAUAUGCUUUGCCGGUCGGGUCUAUCCGGAAAACCGGCCAUUCGAGCUGAGCGUCAAUGAUACUGUCCGACCGAUCAAGGAUUGGGGCGAUUUCUACAACGGCGUCUCCAUUGGGCUCUCCAUUGUCUUUUCCGAGAACAACAAAAUCACUGGGAAUGCGGCUGGGAAUGACCGGAAUAUGGCACGGCAUUCCCCGGCAUCAUCGGGACUUCUACUGGGUCUCGGUCUGAACAAUCACCUACCGGUCCUGAACAUCUACAAUGCACAUCAACUACUUGCGGCCACGGACAAGCUCACCUCCAUCGCAUUACUUUUGGGCUACGGGGCAUCGAGAUUGGGAACUGCGGAUGAACAGGUACACAAAAUCAUCAUAACGCACAUCUCGUUUUUGAUGGGGCCGACACUUUUAGAGGUGAAUAUUGAAACGUCCAUCCAGACGGCGGCCAUCGUUUCGUUGGGAUUGCUUUUUGCGCAACGUGGCACUGGGACCCUGAUUAAUCAACUAGUCAACGAGAUUGGACGCCCAAUGCAAGCCGAAACCGAACCCGCCAAUGAGCGAUACGCCUACGGCCUGGCGCUAGGCUUCGCCAUUGGCCUCGCUGGCCUCGGCCGAGGCGAGAUGUUCAUCCCUAAAUCCCCGAUCUCGGAGCAAAAACCCGGCCUGAUCGAGCGGUUCGUCGUGAUGAUGGAGGGUGGCCCGAGAUCUCGCGCCGUCUUCAACUCUGACCUCAUCUCCGAGCACACCGGCCCGUUUGACGAACCGCAAGCCCCGCUGCAAAGCAGCCAUUGCCGUGAAAUCCCCGCUCGCCUGAAUAGCCACCAGACUGCCCACCCGGCCACGAUCGCCCUCGGGCUGUUGUUCUUCAAGACGGGCAACAAGCAGGUCGACCAUGUGCUCACGCUGCCAGACACUAUCCCGGCUUUGGAAAAGAUUCGGGCUGACAUCAUCCCGGUGAGGGUGUUGGCCAGAGCUCUGGUGAUGUGGGAUACGGUGGAGGCGACGAAGGAGUGGAUCAUAGAACAGGUUCCGAUCGACGUCAGGAACGCAGCCGACAAAGCCAUUGGCAUGGAUCGACUCAAUAAGAUAUUCUCAUCAGACGAAGAAGAAUACUGGGAUGUGCUCUACGAUCGUGAAACUGUCGCCCAGACCUACAUCCACUGCAUCUCGGCCGCCUGCUUCGCCAUCAGCCUGAAAUACGCGUCGACGCACGACCCACGAAUCAAGGCCCUAUUUAUUGAAUACCUGAUGAUGCUGCUGCCGGAUGAUACGAGGAUCCCCGCACAUUCUCGCCUCGUUCGACUGGCUGAUAAGGGAGCUGUGGCGGUCAGCAUGAACCUCUUGAUCUCGGCGAUCGGCAUUCUGAUGGCCGGCAGCGGUGACGUCGAGGUGAUGAAGAUCUGCCACUUUAUCCGCAGAGCGGAUGCCGUCGGGAAUUGGCUCAAGAAUUUGUACACCCAUUCCGUCCAAGGCGCCGUCCAGACGACGCUCGGCUUGCUGUUCAUGGGCAAUGCAAGAUACGCACUGUCAAGAAGCGAUAUCGCCAUCGCGUCAAUGGUCAUCGCCUUCUACCCAACUGCCGCCCACCACGCUGGCGACAAUCGACUCUACCUACAAGCCUUCCGUUUCCUGUGGGUGCUGGCCGUCGAGCGAAGACUGAUCUACACCGUUGACCUCAAGGAUCGCAGCAAUAUCUUCCGGUCCCCGAUCAUGGUCCAGUUGAAUGACGGCACCCGCAUCACGUCAAUGACGCCCCAACUUCUACCCGAUGUCGAUACAAUCGAUUUCUUGGAAAUCGGCGGCGGCACCCAUCUGAAAAUCCGCAUCGAGAGGAACCAAAUCGAAGAGCUUUUGAAGCAGAACGGCGGCUGUGUCGCGCUGCCGAGGGCUAAAACCGCCGAAGUGAAUACGUCAACCAUAAAUCUCAACGAAAUGGACACGAAACGGGUUGAGCGUGCCGAGCUCAAGUUCAAAGACAAGUGGCGCGUCGACUUGGAGAUGGCCAUAAAAAGAAAUCAGGCGAAAAUCUCCGCCCAUCCAAUGGACGGGAUGCAUUUUGAUGAUGAAUUCUCGAAGCAGCAUCUUAUCUUUUUGCGGGAUCUCUUCGGAAAUCAGCGCGGCCGCCGGGCGCGUAUCGUUCAAACGCUGGCUGGUGACGAGGACUUUGUCGACUACCCGGGGUUCUCGCAACUACAAAAAUACCUCAGGAGUCUCCAAAUAAAUACGUGUAUCGACCCAUCGGCUUCAGGGAAACGGGACGGAGCAAGCGCUGAAGCGCGAUCUCAGCCAGCCGGUCUCUUCCGCUGGACCAAUAUUAGGCAA